AUGCAGCGGCUGAAGCGGUCCCUGUCCCUCCGGACGCUGCUGCGGAGCAAAAGCGUGGAAAGCCUCUUCCCGCGGCCGGGAGGGGGGGUGCAGGGCCCCGGGACCCCCCCGUCCCCCCCCCGGACACACGGCUUCCAGCAGUACGUCUUUAAGAAGCAUUGCCCCUGCGAGCUGUGCCGGCAGCUCAUCGCAGGCAAUUCGCGGCAGGGCCUGCGGUGCAAAGCGUGCAAGGCCGGCGUGCACCUCUGGUGCUCCGAGGGGAUCUCGCACCAGCAGUGCCCCGGUAAGACGGCCACGUCUUUCCACCGCAAUUUCAGCUCACCCCUGCUGCUGCCGGAGCAGGGGGGCUCCGGGCAGGGUGAGCCCCCCCCAGACCCCAGUGCAAAGGUGGACCCGGUGUACGAGGCGCUGCGGUUCGGCACCUCCCUGGCACAUGGCACCGGCCCCGCGGACCUGCCCCCCGCUAUCCAGGGCAUUCACUGGUGUAGCGAGCGCUGGGGGGGUCUCAGCCACCGCUCGGCCGUGCCGCAGGGGAAGGUGGGCGACCGGCUGGGCUUCUUCCCGGCCAACUUCGUGCAGCGUGUCCGUCCCGGCGAGAGCGUCUGGAGGAGCUGCCGGGCCGUGCAGGGCGACAAGGAGCAGGGGCGCAUGAGCCUCAGGGAGAACCAGAUCUGUGUCGGCGUGGGCAGGACCCAGGGCCUCAUCCGGGUGACCAGCGGGAGGAAGCGGGGGCUGGUCCCUGCCGAGGCGCUGACCGAGAUCUGA